GGCGGUGCAGACUACAGAACAUUAAUUGCGACUCUAUUUUUUUCCUUCCAUCCAUCCCUCCUCUCUGAACCAUUAAUCUCCCCUCCUCCAGACUUCACAUCCGGUUCACCCGCUAGUAGCCUAUCUUCUGUGUCUUGCCUGUGUGUGUGACGGCCUGAUUCUCCACCGAGCUGUACUGCAGACCCCCUACCUGAACGCGCUGCGUGCUAGACGGAUACUACGCCUGGCGUGCAUCGGUGAUGGAGCUACCGUCGGCGCUCUGAUCUGGUGGGAGCCGAUCUGUAUGACACAAAGGCCGGGAUGAGACGAUAGGCUAUCGGAUGGGCGCCCCGGUUUGGUGAUACUCGCUCAACGAUGUCCAAGAGCCUGACGAAAAAAAAUCACUGGACCAACAAAGUCCACGAAGCGGUCGUCACCAGGAGCAUAGAGGGAGAAUUUGGCUUCGAGCUGAAGGGGGGCGCGGAGAUUGGGCAGUUCCCCUACUUCGGGGAGGUGAAACAAGGAAAAGAAACCGUCCAGAGCGGCAAGCUGGCCCAGGAUGAGUUGCUGCUUGAGGUCAACGACACGCCGGUGGCCGGGCUCACCACCCGGGAUGUUCUGGCUAUCAUCAAACACGGCAAAGAUCCGAUCCGCUUCAAGUGUGUCAAACAAGGGGGCAUGGUGGAUAAGGACCUCCGGCACUACCUCAAUCUGCGCUUCUCCAAGGGAUCCGUGGACCACGACCACCAGCAGAUCAUCAGAGACAACCUCUACCUCCGCACCGUACCCUGUACCACCAGGCUGCCAAAGGAGGGAGAGGUGCCGGGGGUGGACUAUAACUUUGUGAGUGUGGAGCGCUUUAUGGAACUGGAGAAAAGCGGAGCCCUGCUAGAGAGUGGAACCUAUGAAGAGAACUUGUACGGUACUCCCAAGCCCCCAGCCGAGCCCAGUCCGGCGGCCCCUCCCUUGAAUGUGAGUGAGGCGCUGCUGCCCGGAGCCUGGCCCAGCGCCCAGGGCAAGAGGAAGAGGAACCAGUCGGUUAGCAACAUGGAGCAGCGAGCCAGCCUGGAGCUGCCUGAGGAGGAGGACUGCAGCCCUCCCGUGGUCAACGAGAAUGGCGUGGCCAUCACGCCAGAGUCAAGCGAGCAUGAGGACAAGAGCACAGAUGUGUCUGAGGAGGUGUCUAUGAUGGAUGUCCUCACCCUUCCCCCUCCCUUCACUGAGCCUCCCACAGAGGGAGAGGAGUCCCCCGAGCGGGAACCCCCCAAAUCGCCCCCCAAACUCCCCAAAGGAGAUGAGGAGGAACUGGGACCCCUACCCGACAACUGGGAGAUGGCCUACACUGAGAAAGAAGAGGUGUACUUCAUAGAUCACAACACUAAAACCACGUCAUGGCUGGAUCCUCGGCUGGCAAAGAAGGCCAAACCACCUGAGGAGUGCAAAGAGGACGAACUGCCGUAUGGCUGGGAGAAGAUCGAUGACCCUAUCUAUGGCAAUUACUACGUAGACCACAUCAACAGAAGGACUCAGUUUGAGAACCCUGUCCUGGAGGCCAAGAGACGACUGGAGCAGCAGCAGCAGAUGCAGAACCAGGGACUGUCAGCUCUGCCUUUACCUACUAUAUACAGAGAGAAGCCCCCAUUCACAAGGGACCCCACCCAGCUGAAGGGCUCCUUUCUGUCCACGGCUCUCCAGAAGAGCAACAUGGGCUUUGGCUUCACCAUCAUUGGAGGGGAUGAACCGGAUGAGUUCCUGCAGGUCAAGAGUAUCAUACCCGAGGGCCCUGCUGCACAGAACCAGAAGAUGGACACAGGUGAUGUCAUCGUCUACAUCAAUGACAUCUGCUGCCUGGGCACCACUCACGCCGAUGUGGUCAAACUCUUCCAAUCUGUUCUCAUUGGACAAAGCAUCACCCUGGUCCUCUGCCGGGGCUACCCCCUGCCUUUUGACCCUGAGGACCCCAGCGGGGCAUCCGCCGGAAACUCCCUGACCCCCAUUGGCAUGGAACACCACCCCAUGGUGGUGAACGGGCGUAGCAGCUACAACCAUUACCUGGAGUACCUCUCCCUGAGCUCUCAGCUCCCUUCGCAGGCUCUAGCCCAGCCAGGGGCACCCCACCCUGGGGACACCCACCUGGAUGGGUCCUCAUUACCGCUCACCAACCCCGGGUCCGCUCCGGCCGUGACGCCGCGCGACGACAAUGUCUCCAUGGUGUCGUCAGGGGCGACGGGGAUCACCGGGGGCGUGAUCCAGGGGGCGGAGCUGCUGACAGUGACUAUGGUGAAGAGGGCAGAGGGGUUCGGGUUCACCAUCGCCGACAGCCCCACGGGGCAGCGGGUCAAACAGGUGUUGGAGCCGGUUGUGCAGGACGGAGUGGGUCUGAAUGAAGGAGACCUGAUCCUGGAGGUGAACCAGCAGGGUGUGGCGGGGGCAAGACACGGCCGUGUGGUGGAGCUGCUCAAAGAGUGUCCUGUCGGAGCCGAGGCCACGCUACUCAUACAGAGAGGAGGAGGGGAAGGUCACCUCUCUCCAUGGAAGACCUCCAAACAGAUACCAGAGCAGUGGGACCCCCAUGGAAGUCCCCAGACUUGCUUGUCAGCCCCAGUGCUUCCCACGGGCACACCCUUCUCUACCCAGCCACAGCAUCACACCUCGGUCCCCGACUCCACGGAGGGCUUCGACCUCAAACCCGACCCAUAUGACCUCUAUGAGAAGUCCAGGGCCAUCUACGAGAGUAGACGUCCAGAGUACCAGGAGGUGGAAGUUCACCUGUUGAGGGAGAAGACUGGGUUUGGCUUCCGCAUCCUGGGGGGUGACGAGGCCGUGCAGGCUAUUGUGAUUGGGGCGAUCAUAGAGAACACUCCUGCCGAGCGCGAUGGACGUCUUCGACCUGGGGACGAGCUCAUCUCCGUGGAUAAAAUGGUGGUUGCUGGGAAACCACACAGAUACGUGAUCGACCUGAUGCACGCAGCUGCACACAAUGGUCAGGUCAGCCUGAAGGUCCGGAGGAGAGUCCACUUCUUCAGUGAGGUGUUAGGGGUGAACGGCCGUAGCCCUGGCUACGUGUCCACGCAGCACAAUUCCCCGCGCAGCGACGCCGCCUCAGCUUCCUGUCCCGUAACCCCCGGCAAUGUCCCGCCACCAUCCACCACCUCCCCUCCAGAGGGCACCGUCCCCCUGCAUACCAGUGAUGUCAUCAUCCACCGCAAAGAGAACGAGGGAUUCGGCUUUGUCAUCAUCAGCUCGCUGAACCGACCGGAGAACACAGCUGUCAUCACUGUGCCCCACAAGAUUGGGCGUAUCAUCGAGGGCAGCCCAGCGGAUCGCUUUGGCUGCCUGAAGGUUGGCGACCGGAUCCUGGCCGUCAACGGGCAGUCCAUCAUCAGCAUGCCCCACGCCGACAUCGUCAAGCUCAUCAAAGAUGCCGGACUCAUCGUCACCCUGCACAUCAUACCGGAGGAAGAUCCCCACUCGAGGCCCAGCUCAGAAAAGCAGAGCCCCAUGACCCAGAAACACAGCCCCCAGGCCCAGCCCAGCCCCAUAGUCAACCAGCCCAGCCAAGGAGCAUCCCAGCCGGGUCAUGCACCAGCCCAGCCGGGACAGACAACCACCACCCAGGAAGGCUCAGCACCACUAGCUCUGCCCGGCCAAACACCAGACCAGCCAGGCCAAGAACCAGCAGCAGCCACGCAGCCUACCCCAGGAGCAGCCGCCCAGCCCAGCCCGGCAGGCACCCAGCAGAGCCCGGUCGCCCAGCCACCCGGCCACCCUCCCCCGCUCUACCUCCACGACGGCAGGUCAGAGGUGAAAGCCAGGCAGGAUGUGAAACCGGAUAUCCGCCAGCCUCCGUUCACCGACUACCGGCAGCACCCCGUUGACUACCGGCAUCCUCCGGUGGCUGAUUACCGGCAGCCGCCCACACUGGAUUAUCGUCACCCUCCUCCCCUCAUCGACUACAGACAACACUCGACAACACUCGCUGCACAGUUCCCUCUUGCACAGUUUCCACCUGACUUCAGACCACAGGACUUUGACUACUUCACGGUAGAGCUGGAGAAAAGUGUGAAGGGUUUUGGCUUCAGUAUCCGUGGGGGACGGGAGUACAAGAUGGAUCUGUUUGUUUUGCGGCUUGCAGAGGAUGGGCCAGCCAUCCACAAUGGCAGAAUGAGGGUGGGGGAUCAAAUCAUUGAGAUAAAUGGUGACAGUACCCGGGACAUGACUCAUGCCCGGGCCAUUGAGUUGAUCAAGGCGGGGUGCAGGCGGGUGAGACUGUUGCUAAAGAGAGGCACGGGACAAGUGCCUGAGUAUGGUGGGUCUCCCCCCAAAUAAACCCCCAUCUUAAUUUUUUUCUCUCUCUUUCCCUCUCUCGCUUUAUCAUUUUUCUCUCUCUAUGAUUAUAUCUUUCUUUCUCAAUCUCUUUUUGGUUGACAAUCUCUCUCUUGUGCUAGUUUUUAAAAAUGUUCUCUCUUGUUUCCCAUCAUCGCUCACUCUCUCUCUCUCUCUCUCUCUCUCUCUCUCUCUCUCUCUGUCUCUGUCUCUGUCUCUGUCUCUGUCUCUGUCUCUGUCUCUGUCUCUCUCUGUCUCUGUCUCUGUCUCUCUCUGUCUCUGUCUGUGUUUCAAUAAAAUUCAAAGUGCUUUAUUGGCAUGGGAAACAUAUGUUCACAUUGCCUAACCAAGUGAAAUAGAUAAUAAACAAAAGUGAAAUAUACAUUAAAUAAUGAACAGUAAACAUUACACUCACAAAAGUUCCAAAGGAAUAGAGACAUUUCAAAUGUGAUAUUAUGGCUAAAUACAGUGUGGUAACGAUGUGCAAAUAGUUCAAGUAAAAAAGGGAAAAUAAAUAAACAUAAAUAUGGGUUGUAUUUACAA